AUGGGAGUUUACAUACCGCCCCCAAAUGACAAUAACAACGAACGAGACGAUUCAACAAGUAAAGCACAGAAGAAAAAUGGAACUAGCAACCCUGUCAAUCCACUCACGUCUUCUUCAGCCUCCGAUUCCACAACCAUAGUGAUACCCAAUCCCAAAUCUCUCAUACCGCACAACCCGAGUGUUGGAUUAAUAUGGGGCCCUUUCACCCCAUCAUCUGACAACCGGCCGGCAUUAUGCACCAUGAUCGGUUUGCAAUUCUUAUUAGGUGUUGGAUGUUUCAGAUUUGCUCGAAAUCAACUCAGGCAUCGACUUGUUCCAGUCCCGAAUGGUCCACCACAAUCAAUCAGAAGUGGAUCCAUAUUCAAGCUGGUGAUAUUUGCUGCAGUUGGAGCCACUGUGGUUUUUGGAAGUGGGUUGGAAAUUAGUCGAUUGAUCUUGCCUUAUGACCCUUGGUACGAAGAGGCACGACACUAUCGAAAAGUAGCAAUCAAGAACGGAGAUAAGCCUAGUUUAUGGUUUGGGGCUUACAAGUACUACCAGCCUAUGUCUUUGAGAAAAUGGACUGAACUAUUGCAUAGCUGGUUUGAAAAUGUCAGUCAAGAAUUAGAAGAGCCAGAAGGUUUUCAAAAUCUAUCAAUUGAACUUGGAGAGAAGAACAAUGUGUUGAGUGCCGGGAAAGCUAAUACCAAGUUUGGACUUCUAGAGAAAUUGAAUACCAGAGGUAAAUACAAUGAGAUCCAUGCGAAAUUGAAGGACAAUAAUGACAAACGAUUUGAGCAUAUGUUGAGUAAUGAAUUAAAAGAUGUUAACGAAUUGAACAAGGCUGAACGGCUAGAUUUGAUAUUAGAGGGCAAAAGUGACUUGGUCAACGAUAAUUUUUCCAAGCCAAGUAUAACUUUGGGGUCGCAUACUAUUGAAGAUGAUGACGAUUUUGAGAUGGUUUGGCUUAAUUUUGAACCUUGGGAUGAGCUAAAACUAGAAACCGAUUACGAUAUAAGGCUAAUUCCCAGGUAUGCAUUGCCAGAGGAAAAAGGUGAGGAAGAUGAAGCAGAGACUCAGUCUACAACCGAAGAAGUUGUGUAG